AUACCACUCUUCACAUGAAAAAAAAAUUCAACCAAAAAAAUCAUCUCUCUCUAAAAAAAAAAAUGGAGCAAAAUAUGCCAAUAAUAGCAAAAAAAUUCUGGAGCGUAGUCCGAGUUCUCUACUUCAUGCUGAGAAAAGGCAUCUCCAAAGCCAAGCUAUUAUCCGAUCUCAGCACGAUGCUGAAGCGCGGCAAAAUCGCCGGAAAAGCCGCGAUCCACAACCUGAUCUUCCACCACGCCGCCGCCGUCACCGCCGCCGCCGCCCCUCGCCGCCGGGAUCCGAUAAACGAGUACGAGUUCAGCUGCAGCAGCAGCCCGGCCUUCUCCUUCCACCGCGGCAAGCCGCCGCCGCAGAUCGACGGCGAGAUGCUGGCGGCGGCGCUCGAGGUGUUCAGCAGCGCCGCCGCGUCGCCCGCGCUGCCAGGGUUCGGGCCGAGCCCGAUGGUGCGGCAGCUGCGGAUCACGGACUCGCCGUUCCCGCUGUGCGACGCCGGCGAGGACAAUCGCCACGUCGAUGAGGCGGCGGAGAGGUUUAUUGUGAAGUUUUACAGCGAUUUGAAGCGGCAGUGCUCCAAAUCGCCGUCGCCUUUCUCGUGAUUUGGGGAUUUAAUUAGGGUUUGUGUUUAUUGAUUUUUAUGAUUUCGUGCAUGGUGCUGUACAUGCAAUAAUGGUAAAGUAUUGGGGUAAAAAUGAAAAAAAAAAGUUACUACUC